AUGGCGCAAAAUCAAGCAGUCAAGACUGUUUCCGCUGGAAAUGCCCGGGUGGUCGACGUCCUCGUCCCAGGCCUGCCAGCGGCUGACUACCUUCUCGUCAAAACCUCUGCUGUGGCAAUCAAUCCUACAGACUGGAAGCACGUGGAAGCCGCCGACCACGCUGGCUGUGUCGGUAGUUGGGUGGGCUGCGACUAUUCCGGCGUCGUGGUCGAAGUUGGGCCUGGUGUCACCAAGGGCUUCAAGGUGGGCGAUCGGAUUUGCGGCCCAGUUAAUGGCUCGAACGCGUUGAGAGAAGUUGAUGGCAGCUUCGCAAGGUAUAUUGUUGUGAAGAGUGAUCUGCAGAUUCUCAUCCCCGACAACCUUUCUGAUGAACAGGCUGCUACCCUCGGCAUUGCUAUUACCACCGUCGGUCAAGCUCUGUAUCAGACGCUCAAGCUUCCACUGCCCACAUCGCCCGCCGAAAAGUCUGCGCCUAUUUUGAUCAACGGUGGAAGCACCGCCAUGGGCAUCUUUGGCAUCCAGUACGCUAAGCUUUCCGGCUUCAGCGUCAUCACUACAGCCUCGCCACACAACUUUAACUUUGUCAAGUCGCUCGGCGCUGACAUCGUCUUCGACUACCGGAUCCCUACCGUGAGCAAGGAUAUCCGGGAGUAUACUCAAAACGGCUUAACACUCGCAUGGGAUUGCCAGAGCACCGAAGAGUCUGGUAUCCUCUGCGCCAAGGCGCUGUCGACCAAGGGCGGCUCGAUCGCUAACCUGUUGCCCAUCUCAGCCGGGAAGGUGCUGCAAGCCAACCCUCACGUCAAGAUCGGGACGAGUUUGUACUACACCGUCUUCGGCGAGCCCUUUGGCUUCUUCCAGACGUAUGAGGCCAAUGCUCAGGACCUGGAGUUUGGCAAGAUGUUUUGGGAGCUGAGUCGUGGACUGCUGGCGAACGGCAAGGUGAAGCCACCCCCUGUGAUAUUGAACAAAGGCGGCAACGGGCUGCAGGGAGUCUUGGUCGGCUUGCAGGAGUCCAAGUCGGGCAAGGUCAGCGGCGGGAAAUUGGUGUACACACUUUGA